GAGAUGUUAAAAAUGACAAGCAAAGUUUUCUCUUUGUCCCUUGCUUUUCAUAAAACCAAAGUCUUGAUCGUGUAACUGCCUCUUGUCCCAAGGGAGACUGUGUAAAAGGGAGGGAAAAGAAGCGGAGUGGGUGAGGGGUGGCAGAGCAGAUCCGGGGGACAGCGGAGAAGAGGCGCGAGCCAGUCUCUGGCAGGAGGGCGUGGAUACCGGUGCAAGCUCGAACAGGUCCAGCCUUCUGGAGACCUGUGCCAACAGCAGGAGGGGACAGACGGGAUCUCUGUGGGCAAACUAGGGUGUGGACCAGCCGGGAGCGCCUAACUAGAAACUCCCCUGGAUCCUCCCAGAGGCACUGGACUCGCUGGUCCCCUUUUGCCCCACUGAGCCACCUUUAGAAGUUUUCCCAAGAGAAGGUACCAGACAGAUCGGAUGUCAGAGGCAGCUCAGGUAAGUCUAUCUGCGCGUGCCUUACAAGGGAUAGGGCUCUCUCCAUGCGCCCUUUAGCCAACUCUUUGAGCGAGGUGAAGGGAAAUCAAGGGUUUGCUUCUGGGAAAAGAGCAACUCUUUAUGAAAAGGAAAUGGUGCACACCCCUGGCCGUCCUUGCCCAAAAUGGGAGUGGCUCAAGGUCCCUUCCCUAACCUGAGAAGAGGCGCCACCUUUCGUAGCACCGCCGCAGGUGGCUAAGGCUGGAUUUUUGGACAGCUCCGGGUCAGUGGAUGGAGUAAACAAGCUUCGAGGACCCCGGCACCUUCAAGCUGCCAACCUUCGGUGUAAUAAACUAACUGCAGACAAUGAUUCUACCUUGAUAAUCCAGGCAGACCACAGUGGAUCAAGCAUUACUGGUUUCUCCCAUUUCUUCAGUGAACAGAAAGUAUUAGAGAUCUUCUUCAAUCUUUGCACAUUGCCUCCUUUCCAAGGAACAAUGGAAUUGCCAUUAGGUGGAAGAGGAUUGAUCCUGAGUCUAAUUUUCCUCCUGUUAAAAUUGUCAACAGCUGAAAUACCACUCUCAGUUCACCAGGUUCCAACAAUCGUAAAGCAGUCAUAUGUGCAAGUGGCCUUUCCCUUCGAUGAGUAUUUUCAAAUUGAAUGUGAAGCAAAAGGAAACCCUGAACCAAAAUUUUCAUGGACCAAGGAUGAUAAGCCUUUUGAUCUCUCUGACCCUCGGAUAAUUGCAUUUAACAACUCAGGCACAUUCAGGAUCCCAAAUGAGGGCCACAUCUCUCAUUUUCAAGGAAAAUACCGCUGUUUUGCAUCUAACAGACUAGGAACUGCAAUAUCAGAAGAAAUAGAGUUCAUAGUUCCAGGUGUUCCAAAAUUCCCAAAAGAAAAAAUUGAACCCAUUGAUGUAGAAGAAGGGGAUUCCAUUGUCCUACCCUGCAACCCUCCCAAAGGCCACCCACCUUUACACAUCUAUUGGAUGAAUAUUGAAUUAGAACACAUUGAACAAGAUGAACGAGUGUACAUGAGCCAGAAAGGAGAUCUUUACUUUGCAAAUGUGGAAGAAAAAGACAGUCGGAAUGAUUACUGCUGCUUCGCUGCAUUUCCAAAAUUAAGAACGAUUGUACAAAAAAUGCCAAUGAAACUAACUGUGAACAGUUUAAAGCAUGCUAAUGAUUCAAGUUCAUCCACAGAAAUUAGUAACCAGGCAAAUUCCAUCAAGCAAAGGAAACCCAAGCUACUGUUGCCUCCUGCUCAAAUUGGCAGUGCAUCCUCAAAGACUGUACUCAAAGGGGAUACCUUGUUGCUCGAGUGUUUUGCAGAGGGCCUACCAACUCCACAGAUCGAGUGGAGCAAACUGGGUAGUGAAUUACCAAAGGGAAGAGCAACAAUUGAAAUUCAUGAAAAGACAUUGAAGAUAGAAAAUGUCUCCUACCAGGACAGAGGAAAUUAUCGCUGUACAGCCAACAAUUUGUUGGGGAAAGCCAGUCACGAUUUUCACGUCAUAGUAGAAGAGCCUCCCCGCUGGAAAAAGAAGCCUCAGAGUGCCGUGUACAGCACAGGGAGCAACGGUAUCUUGUUGUGUGAAGCAGAAGGAGAACCCCAGCCCACAAUCAAAUGGAGAGUCAAUGGCUUGCCGAUUGAAAAUCAUCCAUUUCCUGGUGACGUUAUGUUCCCCAGGGAAAUCAGUUUUACAAACUUACAGCCAAAUCAUACUGCUGUAUAUCAGUGCGAAGCCUCAAAUAUUCAUGGAACCAUUUUGGCCAACGCCAAUAUUGAUGUUGUAGAUGUUGUUCCACUGAUACAAACUAAGAAUGAAGAAAACUAUGAAACUGUGGUUGGGUACAGCGCUUUCUUACACUGCGAGUACUUUGCUUCACCCAAGGCCACAGUGGUCUGGGAAGUGGCUGAUGAAACACAUCCCCUUGAAGGUGGUCGGUAUCAUACUCAUGAAAACGGCACACUGGAGAUCGAAAGAACUACUGAGGAAGAUGCAGGCUCAUACUCUUGUUGGGUAGACAACACAAUGGGAAAGGCCGUCAUCACGGCGAACUUGGAUAUUCGAAAUGCUACGAAGCUCAGAGUUUUUCCUAAGAAUCCUCGAAUCCCUAAAUCACAUGUGCUUGAACUAUACUGUGAAAGCCAGUGUGACUCACAUUUGAAACACAGUUUGAAGUUGUCCUGGAGUAAAGAUGGAGAAGCUUUUGAGAUGAAUGGCACAGAAGAUGGCAGGAUCGUGAUUGACGGGGCUAAUCUGACCAUAUCUAACAUCUCAGGAGAAGAUCAGGGUAUUUACUCCUGUUCUGCUCAAACUGCUCUUGAUAGUACUUCGGGAAAAACUCAAGUAACCGUCCUUGGUGUUCCAGAUCCUCCCAGAAACCUUCUCCUGUCAGAAAGACAAAACAGGAGUGUCCGGCUGUCCUGGGAAGCAGGAGAUGACCACAACAGCAAAAUCAGCGAGUACAUUGUAGAAUUUGAAGGGAACAGAGAGGAACCUGGAAAGUGGGAGGAACUAACUAGAGUCCGAGGAGAAGAAACAGAUGUUGUGCUACCUUUGGCUCCGUAUGUGAGAUAUCAGUUUAGGGUCACAGCUGUAAACGAAGUCGGAAAAAGUCACUCCAGCCAACCAUCAGACCAUCAUGAAACUCCACCAGCAGCUCCAGACAAGAAUCCACAUAACAUCAGAGUUCAAGCAUCUCAACCCAAGGAAAUGAUUAUAAAAUGGGAGCCUUUGAAAUCUAUGGAGCAGAACGGACCAGGACUGGAGUACAGAGUGAGCUGGAAGCCCCAGGGAGCCCCUGAAGAGUGGGAAGAAGAAACAGUUACAAACCACACAUUACGUGUGAUGACACCUACUGUCUAUGCUCCUUACGAUGUCCAAGUUCAAGCCAUUAAUCAACUAGGCUCUGGGCCUGAGCCCCAGCCAGUGACACUCUAUUCAGGGGAAGACUAUCCUAGUACGGCUCCUGUGAUCCAUCGUGUGGAUGUUAUGAACAGUACAUUAGUUAAAGUUACCUGGUCAUCAAUUCCUAAGGAAACAGUACACGGACUACUAAGAGGAUACCAGAUAAAUUGGUGGAAAACAAAAAGCCUGUUGGAUGGAAGGACACAUCCCAAAGAAGUGAACAUUCUAAGGUUUUCAGGACAGCGAAAUUCUGGAAUGGUUCCUUCCCUAGAGCCCUUUAGUGAAUUUCACUUAACAGUCUUAGCCUAUAAUUCCAAAGGAGCUGGUCCAGAGAGUGAGCCGUAUAUAUUUCAGACACCAGAAGGAGUACCUGAACAACCAAGUUUUCUCAAGGUCAUCAAAGUUGAUAAAGACACAGCCACCUUAUCCUGGGGCCUUCCUAAGAAACUAAAUGGAAAUUUAACUGGUUAUCUCUUACAAUACCAGAUAAUAAAUGACACUUACGAGCUUGGAGAGUUAAAUGAAAUCAACGUUACGACUCCAUCUAAAUCCAGUUGGCAUCUCUCCAACCUCAACGCAACAACAAAAUACAAAUUCUACUUGAAGGCAUGCACCUCGAGAGGCUGUGGGAAGCCGAUCAGUGAGGAAGGUGCCACACUAGGAGAGGGGAGUAAAGGUAUCAGGAAGAUAACAGAAGGAGUAAAUGUUACCCAAAAGAGUCACCCUGUAGAGGUACUUGUGCCGGGAGCGGAACAUAUUGUUCACCUAAUGACUAAGAAUUGGGGUGAUAACGAUAGCAUUUUUCAAGAUGUUAUUGAGACAAGAGGGCGAGAGUAUGCUGGCUUAUAUGAUGAUAUCUCCACUCAAGGCUGGUUUAUUGGACUGAUGUGUGCAAUUGCUCUUCUCACACUGAUAUUGUUAACUGUUUGCUUUGUGAAGAGGAACAGAGGUGGAAAGUAUUCAGUAAAAGAAAAGGAAGAUUUACACCCAGAUCCAGAAGUUCAGUCAGCAAAAGAUGAAACUUUUGGUGAAUACAGUGACAGUGAUGAAAAGCCUCUCAAGGGAAGCCUUCGGUCCCUGAAUAGAAACAUGCAGCCCACAGAGAGUGCUGACAGUUUAGUGGAAUAUGGAGAAGGAGAUCAGUCCAUAUUCAACGAAGAUGGAUCAUUUAUUGGCGCCUACACAGGAGCUAAGGAGAAAGGAUCUGUUGAAAGCAAUGGAAGUUCAACUGCCACCUUCCCACUCCGAGCAUAAGCACAGCACAUCCAUGCACCAAGGCUGGCUCACCUGGACCUCUCCAGUCUCUUAAGGGGAGCAAGGCCUUUUCCACAGGAGUGAAAAAUGUGUGUCCAGAGGUUGAUAUUCUGCAAUUUUGCUCAGAAAAAUAGCACUGCCUUCCAAAAGAAAAAGAAAAAAGAAUCAUAUGCCAAGUACUUCAACCCUGUGUUUCAUUUUGGGUUUUGAUUUCAGGUGCUCAAAAUGCAAAACACGAAAAAAAUCCUGUAUUUAGAUCCACUUUGACUGAAUCCAAAGUUCUCAUUUCUGAUAUUCCACAUCUGCCUGGUUCUCCUGUUCAGUGUGUGUGCAUUGAUGUUGCUAACUGCGUGGGUUUCUCUCUGGAUGCACAAUUAUACUCAGUUUUGAAGAACUGUUUUAGUGAUGUUGAUUCACUACAGGUUAAAAGAUUGUAAGCAAGCAAAAGUUGGUUAUUUAAAAUGUAAAAAGGAACAUGAAUGUCUUAUUAAACAUUCCAUGGAAUCUAUAGUCUAAAGUUAUUAUUUAAAAUUUUAGUAGCAAAAGUCUUAGAGGAUCAUACCACUCAUAUUUAUUGAGCUCCUAUUUGGCCAGAGACUGCUAUCUUUACACAGAGUUAUAGUGUUUUCAAUUUCUGGAUAAUUGUUUUUAAUUUUUGUCAGUCAUGACAACUCUGUAUCCAUCUUUCUUUCUUUCUUCCUUCCUUCCUUCCUUCCUUCCUUCCUUCCUUCCUUCCUUCCUUUCUUCUUUCAACUCAGACUAACUGGGGCUGCAAAGGGAGUGGUAGUCAUAGGUUAUUUUAAAAACAGGAAGAUGUUGAUGUCUCUAUUUUAUAUCUUCAUUUGUAAGUUUAGGGCUUUCUGCCUUUAUGUUUAUAUACCGAGAUGCUUGAGUGUAUUUCAUGAAUGCAUUGUACAUAUUAUGUUAAUAUUUACACAGUUUAAAACAUAGUGUUUUAUUUUAAAGUGAGAAAAAGAACAUUAAUAGGCAUGAUUGUACAGCUAGAAUAUAUAAUGUAAGAAUCCAUUUUUAUCCUUCUGGGGCUAGGCACAAUAACAUGGGGUUCCAAAUUCAAGACUAUAUGAAAAAUUGGAUUUUGUUUUUAUAUUUCUCUCCCUCAUGUAGUCUCAAAAUAAAGUAUUGUAUAAUCAUAAAGGGAAAUUCAUUCAUACUUUUCAAAAUAAGUUUUGGUUGGAUUCUUACCCCGGCACUCGAAAAAGAAAAUAAUCUACGGUAGAAACUCUUCUUUUUUUUUUUCUUUUUUUUUUUUUUUGGAGCUGGGAACUGAACCUAGGGCCUUGCGCUUGCUAGGCAAGCGCUCUACCACUGAGCUAAAUCCCCAACUAGAAACUCUUAUAUAACUGUUAGUUUAUAUCAUACUGUAAAUGUAUUUGUAGUGGUAUGAUCAUUCUUUAAAUGUUUUCCUUCUAUCAAAGUUAGUACAGAUUCAGGGACUUUAGUUUCUGGCAUGAGGGCUACCAGUCCAUCUAAAAUGGUACAUAAGGUUUAGAACAUUUUAGAAAUCCUAUGAAGGACUCUGUAUACAUCUAAGUAAAUACUAAGUAUUAGUAUUUGCUUUCAUAUUAAAUGGAAAAAUUUUGCCUCACCAUGAAAUUACUAACUCUGUUAAGAAAUACUGGUUCACAGAUUUAACUUUAGUUUGUAUAAUUAUUGGCCAUACUGUUCAUUCUUCAUAUUUAAUUGGUACGAUGCAUUAUGUUGUUUGGGGAUUAAAAUCGUGAACAUAUAAAAGAGCCAAUAAAUAGGAAACAUACUUUUUAACCACAUGCAUCCUGCAGAAUGCAUAGGCAGGAAAAGCUUGUUUUUGUUUUUAACUUUUUGUUAAUUUUUGUUAACUUUUGGUUGAUUUGGGUUUUGUUUUUUCAAAACCCAUGGAUCUCAGUAUUCAGUUACCCUCUUGGAAGUACCAAACGGAAGCCUGCGUGAGUGUAAGGACCCAGAUGUCCAGUUAUACAAACAGAUCUCCAACCCUUUCUGAUGACUAGGACCGAGAUUUCUGGAAGAUCCAUCAUUGUGUGCUAUUUUUAUGGGAGGACCUGUAGUGCUGAGCCCCAGAGAAAAUAAAGGAUGCAGCUGACAGUAACUAUGCUAUUAUUCUGCCUCCUCUUUGUCAUCAAAACCAGUUUUGAAAGGAUCAUCUAAGUUGAAAAUAAUACCCAAAAGUUCCCAAUGGAUUCAUUAGGAAUUUAAUAAUCUUUGAGUCAGAAGUUGACAGAAAUUAUUAUAUUUUUGUUUCAAAUGGAUCUCAUCAUUCUUUCUUCAGCCAUUGGAAUGUAAGAUUGGCUUUUAACACUUUUUGCUAGCCUCUGUAAACCUUUAAAUACUACUUGGUUUCACUCUGUUGUAACUCUUCAGCAAAGCAGGCCAAGGUCCGUGGACUUUUAAAAUUUUAACUGUAGAAUUACAGCAUUCAGUAUGUUCGAAUGAAAACCAAUCCAAUUGGUUAAAGUGGAUUUUAUUCUUUUUCUGUCUCGGAGACCAUGGGUGGCAGACUCCAUGACGUGCAAUGCUGAUUACAAAUGGGCAAUAAUUGUUUAGAAGUUGCCCACUGAGUCAUCAGGCAGCUGCUAGUAUGUAAAACUCUGUUCUUAACUGGUUUCACAGUAACAUUCUAUAGUCUACUGACGAUAUGAUUUUAAUGUGAUUGUAUAUAAUCUGAAGGAUUGCCAAUGGGGAUAACUUCAGAUGGAGAUGUUUGAGGGUCAGGAAAAUCCAUGUUCUCUUCCAGGUUCCAGCAUAUAUUAUGUACAGAAACCUUAGGCAUGAUGCUGAACUGCUUCAUUUCAAACCGUGCUACAAAGUGCUAAUGAUUGCUAUCACAGGGUGUUCUUUUGUAUGAAGAAAAAUUUACAAGUGAUAAAAUCUAAGAUGCCUUUUAACCUCAUUACCCAACCUGUAAUCAAAUUAUGUAUCAAAAAGUCACCCCCACAUACGCCAACUCAACUUUUUCCCCCUCUAAGCACAUAAAUAUAUUUUUAUAAAAAAAACACAGAUCUACAGAAAAUAAACGAAAUCUGCUCUUAAGAGAGGAGUACAAUUUGCACAUGCCAUUGAAAAUUAUUAAUCAGAAGAAAAUCAAGCAGGGUCUUUGCUAUACAAAAGUGUUUUCCACUAAUUCUGCAUGCGUAUUUGUAAGACGUGAACUCAGUGGAUUUAUUCUCUUGGUAUAAAGGCAUCUGAUAUUUUAGAUGUACCCAUGUUUAUAAAAAGAAAAUUUAGAGCACAAUGAACUUAUGCUAUUUUAUACUCAUGGAAGAGAUAGAGGACAAUAGGGGAGAUGUCGGCUGCUUUUCUAAGUAUUUAAAACAUAUUUGCCAAUUGAAACCCUAAAUAUGUUUACAUGCCAUGAAGGCGUAACUCUUGUAACAACUUUAAAUUGGUUAUAGUAGGACUGGUUUGUGGUCUGUGGUAAUAGAUGUACCCUAGUGUUCCUAUAGAGUGUGAUAAGUAGUGUUGAGCCAAAGCUUACUUUGUUUUGUAUCUUAAACUGACUGCAUCGUCAAAAAGACAAAAGGUAUGGGGAGCAGGUUCACCCAAGUAGUCUUUUUCGUUUUCACUGAGAUUAAUGUUCACAGUAGAUCUUUAUUGAAAUGUGUUUGUGUCGUAGAUGGUGUUUGUAUUAUGCUUAUGGCUAUGUAUGGUUCAAAACUAUUUUCAUUACACAUGGAAUUCAGCUUUCAAAUAAAAGUUUGAGUUCGUGUACUGUGAA